UAGUCAUUUCUGGCGUCCGCGUAAAUCUUCUUCUUAUGUUCUCUUAUCGGAUGUGACGUCUUUGGGGGGCAAUGUCACUUCAUGGGAAGCGCCAUCUAUUACUUGGUUACUAAACUAACUAACCCUGUAUGACACAUCUCCCGUUUUUACAAAAAUUAAAAAUAAUUCAAAUAAAUUCUUAAACACAACACAAGUUUUAUAACAACUCUACCCGAACGUGUCAUUAAAGGUUGAGGGUUCAUAACCAAAUUAUCUGUUUUGUUAUAAGUGGAGGUAGAGUCUUUCUUGUCAAGAUUGGUAGUCGAGGAACUGGGUUCUAAACUAUUUUCAACAUCCAUAUCAAAUGGUCUUUAGAAUAUCGGAGGAAGUGGAUUCGGAGAACGUCUAAGAAAAGAUGAAUUUCUUCUUAGAAUUUUCCCAAAGCUAUCUCUAACUAAAUAAGAAUGUGGAGUACUACGUUUCCCUACCACUUCUCCUGGACCCUGUCGUAUUGGAGGCUUUUUAUAAUAAAAGAGAACUCCACUAAAAGUCUUUUAUUUAAUCUGCGUCAUGAGGUUCGGACAUAAGCGCGCGAGAUGCCAGACCGAGAGUCCCACAUUCUAACCUCUCUAAACCAUAGAAUAAGAACACCACAGACCACCGAACAACCCUGAUGCAACAGAACCCAACACCUUUCCUACUUUUUUAAAAUUAUAACAUUAUCUCCUUUCUGGAAGUCAGCGCGCAAUUUAGAGUUUCGAUCAUAAUAUUGUUGGUUCACAACUUGUUUGUCUUUAAUUUGUGUCGUUGUAUUGUUAUUAGUUUUUAAAAAUUUAUCUGAUAUAGGUAUAAAAGAACGAACAAGCCUUUUGGACAUAAGCUCUGUUGGAGAUAUAUUUGUAUUAGCAAGAGGGGUGUUUCUAUAUUCUAGUAAGCCUUUAUAAAUAUCAGUAUUUGAUUCUUGACACUUUUUCAACAAUCCUUUACAAAUUCCUACUGCCUUUUCAGAGAGUCCAUUGGACUUUGGAUAUCUUGGACUAGAAGUUAUUAUUUUGAAAUCCCAGUCAUUUACUAUUAAAGGGAUUACUAUCAGAAAUAAAUAACAUAGGAAUAACAAAAGUAGAGAAAAUUCACUUUAAAAUUGUUAUAAUUUCAGAUGCAGUUUUGGUUUCUAAUUUUUCUAAUUCCAACCAGUUUGUGUAAUAGUCAACAACAACUAAAUAAUUUUGACCUGCAAAUGUCAAUAUAUCUGCUCCUAUCUUAUAAAAAGAAAUGUUUGGUUUGUCACUGUGCAGCUGGACAAGUUAGGAACCAAAGUUAAAAUGUCCCCCUCUUUUGGAAACGUAAACUGCAGGAUUACCGGUUCUUUGAUCUCUAGUUACGUACAAAUCCAAUCCACUAGUAAAAAUCACAGAAUAUAAACGUUAAGAAGCGCAAACUAGGUAUAAAAACUUGGAAACAGAAAAACAUCGCCAGAUGGAAGCUGAACAUAUUGUAUAUCCGUUUAAAUACUUAUGUCCACAUAUUACUUUUUAAAAACCAGCAUUUAUCUCUCUCAAGACUAUAUCGUCACUAUCAGCUGCUAUCAGUGCUAUCAGCUAUCACCUUGUUACGAUUAUUUCGGAAUUUCGAGACUUUUAUAUGCAAAAACCUUUUCUGUCGCCAUGGUCAUGGCCUUAAUUUCUUUCGUUAUUUCUGUUAAAACGACAAACGAAACAAACCACAGUUUUUGUCACAGACACACGAAACGGCAAUAGAAACCAAUAAACAUGUUCUCAGAAUGUUGUUUAUUUCAAUAAGAGUCUCAAUUAUUUUAAAGAAUACAAACUUUAUGCUUAAUUUUUUUUCAAGCACAUGCAUAUAUACAUUAAGGUUAGCGGGUUCUAACCAAGAUCGACCAACCUGUUUCUUGAACCUUGUCUUCAAUUCCACACACAACACACAUAUACUGGUUCUGUAAUUCCAAUAGAAACCCACAAGAAAAUUAAUAUUCAAAGUAGCAAUAAAAUUUGUGCCCAAAAAAGCAUAUCCGCUUGUGUUUGAUUUUUACCCCCGUGAAAAAUACAUUCGAGCAGCAAAAAAAAAAUAAGUUAAUAACCACAGUUAAUAAUUAGGCAUUCCUACGACCUGUCAAAUGAAACUCAAUAUGACGUCACAGGACAAACAAAUUAAAUAACGCUAUUUCAUAAUUUUUACUUUUAAAAUUUUAAUUAACUAAUGUGUGAUCUGUAAAGAGCAAACAAGAUUCAAAUCAGUUAUAAGAUUGCAAACUGUUAAAAGCUUUCAUCUGUUCAUUAGCGUAAAAGCUAUGGGAAAACACUAAAUAACUCAUAAUAUUGGAGACUGGAGAUCUAAACCAUCAACUAAGUGCAGUUUUAUCCGAUUUCUACAAAAAAACAUUUCAUAAGGCAAACCAUUUUACAGUUUUUUAAUAUUAACUUUUUUAUAUAUUAACUUCUUUCAAUAACGAUUCUCCACCUCGAAACAAACAAAAUAGCAUGCUACAAAAAUAGAUUUGAACUUCGAAACUCGCCACACAACUGAUUUCUAACUGUCAUCACGUGGUUUGGACUGCCCAAUUGAAUCGCGCCUUUUCUCGUUCGGUGGCGAUUGCGAGUGGAGCGCCACUGCGCCGCGGCCCGGCCAACUAUAUUUCGUCAACCCCGCCGUCGUCCCAAACGUCAUCGCCGGUUUCAUCGUUCCGUGGCACUCUCGAGCGCAGCGCCACCGCGCCGCAGCCCUCUCAACCAAACUUCUUCGUUCCGUCGCGUAGUGGGUUCGAAAAUCGUCUUCAGCGAGCGAAUGUCGUAUCGACCGCUACUUACGCGAUGCGCGCAAUCUCACUGCCGAAGAGGUUUCCCCGGAAUUGAACAAUCGAAAACUGGUCGGGACGCGAGUGGUCCGAAUAUUUAGGCGAGAUCGUGCGACAUGAGAGUGAUCCCGGUUUUGGUGGUGGUGGCGGGCCUCGUCCUGUGCCAGGGCGAGGCGAAACGUAGCAAGUGGAAAUUCGAGGGCGACUUUGAGUUCGCGGACGAGGAAACUUCGAAGGCGGGCGACAAGAAGCGAUGGAUUCACGACCCGUCCAGCGAAUUGUGUCGGCCCCUCAAGUGCAAGAAGAAAGAGAUCUGUUUGCUCGAAGACCCAUUCACUGCUGUGUGCGUGUCGAGGAAGGAGCUCAAAAAGAAUGGGGACAUCGUGGUACCGAGGACGCCUCCUAAGAAGGAGGCGAGCAAAAAAGACGCCGCAGACGACGACGACGACGUCUUCUACGACGCCGAGGACGACCUGGACGACGAGUCCAAAGAGGACUCUGUCGAUUCCUUGAUAUGUCGCCCUUGUCCCGUGGUGAAACCGGUCUUCCUCUGCGGCUCGGACAACAGGACGUACAGCUCACUGUGCCGCCUGGAUUACCACAACUGCAUCCACCACACCUCGGUCAAGGUCACGUGCAAGGGAUUCUGCCCUUGCAAGGAGAACGAGCCGAAGGCGUGGAAGAAGCAGCGUCAGUCGGAACGUCUGAGCAAUUUCAUAAACAAAUACAAAGCGACGUUGGACAAGGACCGACCGGAAGCCGCCGCUUCGAAGGCCGACGACUACUCCUUCGUGCCUCAGGACAUCAAAUACGACAACAAACACUACAAAUACAUGAAAUACACCAAAUACAAUAAGGACGCCUACAAUAUCCUUUACGCCGAAGACAAGGAGCGCACGCGCGGCUACAAUGACGUCACGGACAACAAAAUUUACGACUCGGCGGGGCCCUCCGACCCCGCCCUCCCCGUAGCCAAACAGUGCUCGCCCGUAGCCCUGCAAGCGAUGGGCAACCGUCUCUUGGACUGGUUCUCGGUGGUGAUGGUCGAUUCGUCCAAGCGUCACAGAAUACGAACCAAAUCCAAAGCACGUUUCCCGUCGUCGUGCAAGGUGGAGGUGCGAUGGAUGUUCCAGCAUUUGGACUCCAGCGGCGACUCGAAGCUUUCCCUGGAGGAACUCUACGAUCUGGAACACGACCAGAGCGAGGUGUGCCUCAAGCCGUUCCUGCAGCGGUGCGACGCAGACGCGGACUCCUCGGUGACGCCCUCCGAGUGGUGCAAAUGUUUCCAGAGGACCGAGAGGCCUUGCGCGGCCGUCAGGCACAAAAUCGUAGCCGAUGGGGCAGCGGCGGCUGGAGUUUACGUGCCUGACUGCGACUCCCUGGGGUACUACAAGCCCGCGCAGUGUCACGCGGCCAUCGGGAUGUGCUGGUGCGUCGACAAGCACGGGGUGGAGUUCGCCAAUACGCGCACGCGCGCCAAACCCAACUGCGAUUCGAUAAUGAAAACGGACGACGCGUCCAACAACAACAGUGGCGUAGGGAAUGAUCCGAGCGACGACGAGGACGACCUGGAGGACGUAGAGGGCAGCGCGGACCAUCCCGCCGACUAUUAAGGGCGUAACCUCCCCCCGCUCCUCCGCACCCUUUUUGGAAAAAUGUAUUUAUUCCCGUAGCGCGUUUAUUUAGAGAGCCUUGGCGAGAGUUAAUCUGACGGGAAGGGACGCCCGUUCCAGAGGCGCCGUUUCGGCCGCCAGAUGGAGCAGAAAAAUCGAGGUUAAGUUCCCGGAAAAUUUUUUCCGCCGCCACUGUUAAACGGAAACUCCCUGCAAAGCAAAAGUAGAAUGCCGAUGUCGCGGGACGUUUCGAAAGCAAUUUUUUAACUCACUAACAUUAACAACUAACCCAAACACUUUUCUCCUCUAAAUUUAAGGGUAGGAUCUUGUAAAAUAGCCCCAAUCUCCAUUGAAACUACCCUCGAGAGCUUUAAUUUUGUGCAUUACUGGGCUAUUUAUCUUCUAACCGGUUCCGCCCAGCUUCACCGGAAAUGUUUCCGACGUUUAGUUGUGACGAGCGUUAAAACGCUCGAGCCAAACCUAAAAUCCUCACCCUGUAAUCCCCUGACUAAUUCUUCUGCUUUCGAUUUCAGUACGCUAUAUCCCAUGUACGUUAUAAACGGGGUUUACUGUAUGGCCCGCCGUUUGGUAUUUUGCUCGGGUCCUGUGGCGAAAAAUAGAAUUCUUAACGUCAGUUUGCGUCUUGCUCCUUUAGAAAAGGCAGUUUCCUUUUAAAAGUUUCCAAUUUGGCCUACCACGUGCAAGGUGUCUAAAAUAAGGGUCCCUGCAUCCUUAAUUCAAAAACUACGAGCGAUAGGGAAAAAAGUUAGAAAAGUUGUAUAGUUUCAUCUAUAUUUUUUAAUUGUUCAUCGUGUUCCGUUCAUCUGGGUUUCUUAUUUUCAACGCCCCGUAUAUUAAGUCGACAAAUCUGGAAUUUUACAUAUUCAAGGUUAAAAAAACUAAUCAAAACCCAAACCAAGCUGACUGUCAAGCUGCCUUCAGUGAUUAGUGAUAACGUAUAUUCGUAACCUUCGUUCUAGCUUUUCUCAGUGGUCAAUAGGGUUAAGAUCUGGAGAUUGGGGAGGCCAAUGCGGUUGUUUUGUACGCUUUAGAUCGUUGAAAAAUCCAAGGUAAAUGAAAGAUUUUUGGAAAAAACGCGGCUUGUGACUUUUUUGUCAUUACUUUUUUGGUAAAAAUUCUUAUUGCCUCAAAAAAUUGUCGAAAAAUAUCCGUCGAUAAUGACUAUUGCUUUAGAUGGUUGCGCCAUCUCUGAAGAAAUAGCCCAAAUAUUUAUUUUACAUAUGAAUUACGUACUGCUGAAUAGUAAUUUUUCCCAUAAAAGAGAUAUAGUUCUUUCAAUUUUAGAUAGAUUCUUUCCUAUUGUCAAAUAUCCGGGAUGUAAAUUAAUCCAGGGCGCGCAAAGUCGAAAAGGCAACGUUUCUUAUUAGCUUUUUCUCCAACGUUCGUAGUUUUUGUGUUAAAUACACGCGGACGCCCCGGUAUACGUGUUGCUUUGCUUAGUCUCUGGAAUACGACGUCCGUUCCGAAUCGUUUCCCCAUCACAUUCCGAACGACUGACCGUACCGACUUGUUGUCGCUUGAUUUUCGUCCCGUUGCGGACGCCGCCGUUAGGAUAUACAUACAUGAUAUAAAAAUAUAUACGGUUUAUAUUUUAAUAUGCCACCAGCUUUAAAUGAUAUCGUCGUGUCUACGUAUAAGCGUUUAGAACGUUAGGAAUACAAUAAAAUACAUAAUAAUAACAAUAAUAAUAAAACACGUAAGGAUAAGCAAUCGAUUUUUAAGUGAGUGUAAAAAAAACGUUAGUUACUAGUCUUUCUAGGCAUGUAUAGCGUUGUUUAGGAAACAAGACGCGCCACUCGAAAGAGCGCUUUCUGAAUAGCAAAUGGCGGCAAUGUUAUGCAAUAUCCGGGAAAAAAACACUUAGUUAAAAUCAAAAGAAAAACACUGCUCACCCUAACCUUCGUUCUUCAUCACUUGGACGGUAAUGUAGCGCCACAAAACGCACUUGACACACUGGGGGAACCUUUUGUAAGAAUUGCUCGCUACGACGCAAACAAUUCCUGCAAAAUUUUCCUCGAUUUUCGACGAAAAACGGCACUUAUUUGAUACGAUACAUGGCCAUGUAAACACUGUAGACACGACCACAGAAUAUUUUCUUCUUCUUUCGCAACAAUUGGUUGAAAUUGCACUGGGCGUUCGCCCACAAGGGUCACCUUUGGACAGUGGGACUAUUCCCGAGCAUCAUGCCGCCAAUCGCUGUUGAAAAGAAAGCGCCCUUCGACGGUGCGGGGUUUCUUUUUAUAUAUGUCGCCGGUAGUGGUCGAAACCGAUACGCUAUUCUUCUUUCGAACUGUUAGUCUCACGUUUAUAAAAUUCCGUGGCCAUUUUUUUUUCGGAAAUCUAAACGAUUCUGUGCAUUUCAGACUUCGUAAGGUGUAAGUUUUAAAUAUUAUUCGCCCCUUGCUUACGGGAUCGACUUAAAUAUGUAUAUAGAACGCGAGAGUAGUGGUGGAUAUCAUCCACCCCCCACCUUUCUUUUCGCCCCGCCCCAGAUACAGUAUUCAUUUUGUUAACUACGCAAAGCAGAUUGACGGAACAUCUAUUGUAUGUUUUUAAAAUAUAUAAUAAAGUUAGUA